CCUAUUAGCUAUUAGAUAAGAUAGCAGUGGUAAUCCCACGGUCUAUCAGCCCACCCCCAAUAAUAGGAUCAUCAAUCCUGCAAUUUAAAUGAUUAGCCUCUAGUGUCAGAUUAAUAGGAACUUUUUGGGCCUGAUGUUUUGAUAUAAAAGCUUGGUCCUUCGUCGCGAUUAUAAAUUGGGCGGUCAACUUUGAUAUACAGUCUUCCGCAGAUCCCGCUAUUUCUUCCCUUUUCUCCUAUCUUUAACACGUAUCAAAUCACACUCUUACUUCAAUCAUGUUCACUGGUCUUGUUGAGAAAAUCGGGACUGUCACGUCCUUGGAGCCCCUCGACACCUCGUCAAGCGGGGGCGGGGGAACUUCUCUGACCAUUUCCGACUGCGAGGAGAUUCUCACAGAUGCGCAUCUUGGAGAUAGCAUUGCCGUGAAUGGAACAUGUCUUACAGUUACUGAAUUCGACAGAACCUCGUUCAAGGUCGGAGUCGCCCCUGAAACUCUCCGUCGCACGAAUCUCGGAUCCUUGAAGACAAACUCUCGAGUAAACCUCGAACGGGCCGUUAAGGGAGAAACACGAAUGGGUGGUCACUUCGUGCAAGGUCACGUCGACACCAUCGCUAAAAUCCUCUCCGUCACACCGGAUCAGAACGCGCUGGUUUUCCGACUGCAGCCAAGAGAUAAGGGCGUUUUGAGAUAUAUCGUGGAGAAGGGAUAUGUUACACUGGACGGUGCUAGCUUGACAGUGACCAAGGUCGUGGACGGAGAGGAUGGGUACUUUGAGGUCAUGCUCAUCGCCUACACCCAGGAAAAGAUUGUUACCGCCAGCAAACAGUCUGGGGAGGAUGUCAAUAUCGAGAUCGAUAUCGUCGGCAAGUAUGUCGAGAAGAGUGUUGAGGGCUACUUUGCAGGAGCAGCUGGAGGUGACUUUAGCGUCCUUGAGAAGAUGGUUUCUCGGAUUGUGGAGGAGAAGCUCAAGCGAUGAUGGAAAAGCAUGUUAUAAUGAUUUAAGCACUGUAAAUUUAUGCAAAGCGAACAAUUUAAGACAUCAAUUUGCCAUGUUAUACUAUUUACUGUCCUUUUUUUUGACCAUGCAUCCACAGCCACAAUCUUUGGGUAUAAUUUUGGGUCCUCAUAAUCUAACAUCGUCUUUCAACAUAUCUCACCAGAAAGCUGUCUUUCAACAUCUCGAUAGAUGGCGACAUCGGGAGACCACAUAAGCUGGAGAAGUAUUCGCAGUCACCCAGUGUUUUCUCAUUAGCCGUGCCCUUGACUAGAGA